CGUUUCGUCCUGCUGCCUUCCCGCGCCUCUUCUGUCUUGCGCCGUUCUGGCUGGGGGCUUGCUUAUGCGGCUUCACAGUUCUUCUGAGAUAAACGCAUACCCGGGGUGACUUUUUUUCAGGGGUUCCCAAGCAAAACGCUCUGCUUAAAUGAGGAAAAACUUGAUCGUCUCUGGGUGAAUAACUUUGCGCUUCUUAGUGGCAGGUUUUCUCCGCGCUUUGUUACUCUGUGUUUUUCUCCGUGUUCGGCUAGCCUUUCUGAGGCGGUUUGCAGUUCUGUGGCAUCACCUUGCCCCUGCUGCUGGCGAGGUGUUUAACAGAAAUGCCGAACGGCGUUGGGCCUUCAGGGUCGUCACUUGUUACUUUCUAGUUCUAGCCUGAUCCUCCUGUUUUACUGCUCAGCUUGCAGCAGCACAACGCUGCUUGACUUCCAUCCUUCUGCUGGAAACAUAGAACAAAAAGGUUUUAAAAGCAUUUGAUUACUUCUCUCCUUGGAAGGGACAGCAAGAGAUGUACAAGCUGGACAUAGGCUGGCCUAAAAUUCCAGAAUACUUCACUGGCCAAACAUUUUGUGUUGCUGUUGACUCUCUUCAUGGUUUGGUCUAUGUAGGACAAAGGGGAGAAAAUGUGCCAAAGGUACUUGUAUUCUCACAAGAAGGCUAUUUUCUUUACUCCUGGAAUAACACAGUUGAAAUGCCUCAUGGUAUCUUUGUAUUGAGCACUGCAACAGAUAGUUCAGUAUGGAUCACAGAUGUUGGAACAGGGAAAUACGGGCACACCGUGAAACAGUAUAGCCCUUCGGGUAAACUUUUGCAGAUCUUGGGUACACCAGGUAAUGCUGGCUCAAGUUUGAUUCCCCUACAGUUUGAUCAACCAGCAGAGAUCUUUGUAGAGCAAAGUGGAGAUAUCUAUGUUGUGGAUGGAGAUGGAGGAAUGAAUAACAGAUUGCUCAAACUCUCAGACGAUUACAAAGAGAUAUGGCUGACUGGAACAAAUGGGACCGGCAUUGGUCAGUUCAAGAUUCCUCACAGUGUAACAGUAGAUGCUUUUGGACGGGUAUGGGUUGCAGACAGAGACAACAAGAGGAUCCAAGUUUUUGAUAAAAUCACAGGGGAGUGGCUUGGGUCUUGGAGCAGCUGUUUUUCAGAAGACGGACCCUAUUCUGUUAGAUUUACUGCCGAUUACAAAUACCUGAUUGUAGCUCAGCUGAACAUCAACCGGUUAGCAAUUUUGGCAGCACCACCGGUUGGCUCUAUUGGGGACUGUUUUAUGGUCAACACAGUCCAGCUGGCAGAUGAAACCAAACCACACCUUGUGGAUGUCGACAUGAAGAGUGGAGCAGUCUAUGUCGCAGAGAUUGGAGCCCAGCAAGUACAAAAAUAUGUACCCUUAAGCUGAUGGUUUCCCACAACUACCAUGGCACAAGCUGUGUGACAUAUAAGACCUAUGACCACAUUUCCUUGAGUUUUCUGUAGCUUGUGUUUCCUUAGACAAACACAGAACAUUGUGCUCCCAGAACUCUAGAGCUAAGAAUCUGUCCUAGCUGUUCUGCAGUGCUGGAGCAAUACUUGAUCUUGAGGUGUUACUCAUUUUAGUAAUUCUGUGGUGGCUUUUGUUUUUGUUGCUGGCAGUUGUAAAAUGACUUUUAUAAGCAUCUUGAUUUUAUUAUAUAAAACUUCACGAACAUAGCUGCUGUUCCCGUCUAGGGUCAUCUCGGGGCUUCUCUACUUAGCCUGUGUGUAUUGUUAAAUGAAGUUCAGAACUGUCUGAAAGAAGUUUAUAAAUGAUUUCUUAGGAGGUGAGCACCUCAUUUUAAUAUUUCUUCACUUGCUUUUUUUUAAUUACUAUGCUAAUACUGACCAGCACAGAAUAUAGGGGUGCAUUAUGUGGAAUGAGUUGCUGCUGGGAUACUGGCGUCAGUGCUGAUACUGGCAUUUGCCUUAGGUAGUUAGUGACAUUAGCUAGAGCUGAAAACUUAGGUUUCAAUGCUUAAGUGGUAAAGUCUGUAAUAAGCUUAAGUUGAAUUGAUAUCAGGCACUUCAGACUAAAUUAAAAGUAUGUGCACAGCAUCAAAGUACUGAUUCUUAACUAAAUCAAUUCUUAACCUGAUUUGAUUUAUAUCGGCAUGAGUUUUUUUGUUUCUUAUGAUUUCAUAGUGGAACAUACUGAAGUUCAACUCAUUUAAGUUCCUCAAGAUAAACAAAUUGCAAUUUCCUAGGAAAGACUAAAUCAGCAUUAAGGGACUGGUAGAACGAUGAUUUUCUCCCAAUUUCAUUGAAGCCGUCAGUUAACAGCAGUGCAUCUGUUUUGAUUUGGUGAUUUUAUACUGUUUUAUAUCCAGAACUUAGACCUCAUCAAUGCCAUUAAUGUCUAAAGUUUAUUACAGUGUAUCCUAGCAGAUGUCUUCAAGCUCAGUCCUAAAAAAUGCUGUCUCUUUUCAUUCCCAGUCCAGAGUGGUUCUGUUUUCCAUACAGCAUAGAGAGGACUGGGUAUAGGAAAAUGGGAUGGGGAAAAUGGCAUGGCAGAAAUGAGACAGUGACUGAUUACCUUUGUAAAGCUGUGGGCCUACAUUCCAUAUUUAUCUACUAUCUCUUCAAAAUAUUUGGGAGGGGUUUUGCUGUUUCCACACACUUACUCUACUGUGUGGACUAUUUUAAUGUUAAUUACCAGCUAAAAGAGGCAACUUUUUUUUCUGCUUCCUUAGAAAGGGAAUAUGGGAAAUAGACUUAUUCUGCUUGGAAAUGUCUACUUCAGUGAAUGUUACCAAAAGCAAAUACUUUUUAGUUUGGCAGGUUUCAGCCUCUGAUCAAAAAUUUGUGGGUCAGCAGAUGGAAAAUCUGUCCAGAAAAGUCAGAUUAGUAUUUUUUGUGGAAAGUAACUCAGCUGUGGAGCCUGAUGGCCUGAUCUCGGUACUACUUGAAAUUAAUGCACUAAAUGUGAAUGCUUUGUUGUUGGCUACAUCCACAAUAACAAAAGCAGCUCUUACCUGGCUGCUUUCAUGCAAGCCUUAGAACCAGAACUUCAGGGUUAUACACUAGCAAAUACAGUCCAUCAUUCACAUGGUCUUGAAUGGAAGCUAGUAAGCAAUAUUUAUUAGCUGAAAGCGUAGCAGUACUUCCUCUAGACCUAAAUGGAUGCAUCCCCAUUGCUUUGCAGUGUGUUGUGUAGAUUUUCUAACUAGGUCUCCACUAGCUCAGGGAUCUCUGCUCUGUGUGCAAUUUCGCUAUGUCUCACCUACAGAAGGUGGAUUUUCUUGUAAAAAUAUUAGUGUAAUAUCAUUAACUAUAUUUGAGCCUAUCUUGGUGGUGUAAGGGGUCCAGGCACAUCCAUCCUUCUUCACCACAUCCUCUUAUUUAUUUUUCCUUUGUCACAUCCAUUUGAAAGACAGCUUAAAGUUCUCUGGGAAGAUGUUUCUGUGUUCAGUAAAGUAGUGUGCUUUUGGAUGUUGCUGAGUAAGUUAUCUCUAUGAGCUUGUUUGCUGCGUGGAUCUGCUCUCAACUCGCUUUUUACAUGGACUUUUGCAGCCCCUAAAAAUGGGGAGCAUUCAUCCACUUUUGUCUGGCUUUACAGAGAUAGGCCAUGGUGCCAAAAUGUGCCUUGCCUCUAGGCAUUUGGGUAUCUGUGAUAAGAAGGGAUGCUCAUUAUUAACUACGAUGAGAUGCCUAGGCUCCUUUAUAGCUCUGCAUCUAUGACCAGACUGAGAAAAUGAUUGAUUUGAGCGCUAACUAGCUAAUUCUCUGAAGGUUUUCUUAUGUAUCAUCUUGAAAUGGUUUUCUGAAAAAUUGCAUAGUAAGAUAAUUUGAUAAAAUAAAUUGAGAAUUUCCCAUUAUGAAAAGGCUUGGGCACUUUAUUUCUGUAUUAAUAUCAAUACAUUCUGUUGCAGUGGAUUACUUUUCUAAAUAUGGAGUCCUCAGCACUUGCAUAAGGUAUUUAAUAAUUUCUGAUACCAACAUUCAAAUAUAAUCUAAAAUUCCAUAUUAUCUUUAUACAUUACUAUUACUGUGGCUUAUCUCUUUUGCAUUCUAAUUUAUGUAUCAAGAAAGGCACAUAAAUAUCUCCCAGAUGUUUUCCUCUAAGUAAUUAGUAAAAUGGGAUGGUGGGUUACAUAAGUGUCAAGUAUAAAAAAAAUAUUUAAACUGUAUACUUUUUUGAUGCUAAUGGGGAAAUUAAAAACAAACUAACAAAACA